AUGAAGCCAGACCUCACAAAGCUACCCCCGCAGGUAGCAGUGCACUUCAACAGCAACUGGGUGUUCAUGUACGUCGUGCUGGUUCUGAUCCCCGUCGUCUUCGUCGGCGUGGCCCUGUUCUCGCGGAAGCGAGAUCACGUCGUCAUCCGGAAGCACGACGUCGAGAAGGGGGUUGCGGCAGGCUCUGCGGGCGCCGGGGCGGCGGUGGCAAGACCACGACCGGCGAUGGUGCCACCGGUCAUGUCCUUGCCGUAUGGCGCCGCACAGCCCCGAGAUGAGUCUCGAGCGAGCUACGAGCCCGGGUCAGAGAAGAGUCGAGCGCCCAUCUACGAAGUUAAAUCGCGCGAAAGCAGCACAUCGACUACAGCUGCCCAAGUCGGUCAGGCCGAGCAGUCUCCGUCCGGGGAUGGACUCAGCCGUGGAAAGGAGGAGGCGAACGUGUACAUCCAUAGUCAAGGUAGCAGCAGAUACUCGUCGCAAGAGAGUUUCCAUAAUGUGCCUUUCUGA